CACGUGUGUGUCUCUCCUGUCGACCCCGGAAGCAAUCGCCGUGCCCGGCUGCUUCGCUGCAAAUGGCUGCCAAGGGGGCGAAGGGAUCGUCCUCUCCUCUCCCCGUGUCAAUGUUCUUCUCUCCCGCCUUGCUCGCGAGUUUCUUGCCCGUCCUGUUGUCGCCCUGGGCGGUGACCGGGAGCCGUUCGGAGCACCCCGCUUUCGAGAAAGAUGAAACAGUACAGCUGCCUGGUGGGAAAUUGGAAAUUAGAACCAACAUAUUGGAUGGUAAAAAUGAAGACAGAUCCCUUAGGACAAUCAAACCAUUCCUUAUGGACAAGUAUCCGGUCACCAACAAAGACUUCAGGGAAUUCGUGAAGGACCAGAAAUACAAAACGGAAGCUGAGAAAUUUGACUGGAGUUUUGUCUUUGAGAAUUUUGUCCCAGAAGAGCUUAAAAAGAAAGUGACGCAAAAAUUAGAGUCUGCACCAUGGUGGCUUCCAAUUGAGAAGGCAUUUUGGAGACAGCCUUCAGGUCCUGGAUCCAGCAUCAAAGACAGGCUAGACUACCCAGUGUUGCACGUGAGCUGGAAUGAUGCUCAAGCUUUUUGCAAAUGGAAAGGGAAGAGGCUACCAACAGAAGAGGAGUGGGAGUUUGCUGCUAGGGGAGGCCUGGAGAACAGAUUGUAUCCUUGGGGAAACAAAUUUUUAGCCAACCGCACUAACCUCUGGCAGGGCACCUUCCCCAAAGUUGACACAGCUGAAGAUGGCUUUCGUGGAGCAUCCCCAGUGGCAGCAUUUCCUCCUCAGAAUAACUAUGGCUCGUAUAUUUCUGUGCAGGCUGGUUGGAGGCUUCCCCAAGUGAAUUACUGUCUUUUCUGUAAUCACAGGCUUAUACGAUUUGCUAGGAAAUACUUGGGAAUGGACAUCCUCAGAGUACCAUCCGAAUGGUCCUGCAUCCCGCCAGCCAGGUCAAAAGAUGCGUGUCCUGCGAGGAGCAUCCUGGAUUGAUACAGUGGAUGGCUCUGCCAAUCACAAAGCUCAGGUUACAACCAGGAUGGGGAACACUCCCGAUUCUUCUUCAGACAACUUGAGCUUCCGAUGUGCCACCAGCCUCGUCAAGCAACCAGCACAGGAAGCUGUCGGCAAAAAGGCUGAACUCUGAAGCCAACAUUAAACUCUUCUAAAAAGACCCAGAUCUUUUCUCCUAUGGAGAUGGGUCAGCCUGCAUCUUUCUUGGCCAGACUUUGGGUACUUUUUUUGCCUGAUUUUGAUAAAAAUCAAAUUUUUUUAGCUUGAAAGCUAAAAAUGAACAAAACCUUUCUACUGGUUGUAAUUGUAAUAGGGAUACACAUUGUUUGAUAUUUGCAGAUUACUGGUUUCAUUCUGGAACAAUCCUAUGCAGGAAACCAUUGGGUUACCUAAACUGAGAUUGGCUGGGCUCAUUCAUUUCUCUAAGCCAUUUACAGUAUUUGUUUUUGGUAUAGCAUUUUGAACAGCAUUUUGGUUUAGCGUUUUUGAAUAAGAUUUGCAAGCUAUAGCUUGUGACCAGCAUGUUGUGUUGGUUGAUUAAUUUAAGAAACCAUAGUUAACAAAGUCAUGGUUUGCCAGAAUGAGUAACCUUUUUGGCCCUAGGAGCCACAAGGGGCAUGGUGUGGGUGCUGUGAUGUCAUUGACACUGCCCAUACACACACACACACCCUUUUUUUUUUUUUUGAAAUAUUGUUUAAACCAGAGUUGGCUUUCUUUACACAACACUGUAAACCAAAACCAAACAAAUCAUAUUGUGGUUUUAGCGCUAUGUCAUAAUCCAGCCACUAAUUCUUUGGAUUUUGAGAUCCCUUCCAAAAACCUUAUAAUAUAAUAUAUAUAUAUAUAUAUACACUUAUAAUUUCCCCCCUCCCCUCCCCUCCAGCAUGAGUCUGCAGUAGUUUUAAGUGAGACAGGAUCAUGACCAAUUUGGGAUAAGUUUCUAUCAACUUUGGAUGAAAUUUGAGAAUAUAUCCACAUAUCACAAUUUAACUCAAUCUGAAUAAAUAAAGCACAUUUUAUUGUUUGUUAAAUAUCUUUUUAAAAAUCAUGUUCUUAUAUGCAGCUGUAGUAAAUAAUCCCAUAACACAUCUAUGUGGAGUUGAGUCAUGGCAACUGGAUUUCUUUUCUUUUUGUUGGUUUGAAAUGUUUUGUCCAAGUAUCUUCUUCGGUCUGAGCAAGAUAAUAGAAU